AUGUACAAUUUUCAUUACCUUAGUAUUGCUAGUAAUACAUGUGAUAAAGUAACUCGUUUUGACCCAUUGGUAGAAUGUCUCGAUCAUCUCACUCACAACCCCCGUCAGGUCUCCGAGACCGCAAACGAGGAGGAAGUGAAGCGUUGUGCCCGAUAUGAUUACCCGGCCAUGGUGAAAAAGUUAGGCAACUUUGCCCUGACUGUCGAGGCCGGAUCAUUCACCGAUUCCGAAAUUGUGGUCAUGCUGGGCGAGAAUGGAACGGGGAAAACCACUCUGAUCCGCAUGUUGGCGGGUAAUUUGAAACCGGACGAUGACGUCAAACUACCGGUGAUGCACAUCUCGUACAAACCGCAAAAAAUUAGUCCGAAAUCGGAAAAAACGGUGCAACAUUUGUUGUUGGAAAAAAUCCGUGACUCAUUCACCCAUCCACAAUUUUCCACCGAUGUGCUCAAACCGUUGCAAAUGGAACGGCUGUAUGAUCAACAAGUGAGUGCUAAAAGUUCAUUCCGAUGA